AUGUACAGGCCUGUCACAGCGUCCCGGGCAUCCCUGCCUCUCUGGCUGAUUGUCCUCCUUGUGUUUGGAGUGCUGGCCAUCCUAGGAGUAACUAUUGGUCUCCUGGUUCAUUUUCUGGCAGUAGAAAACAGGACCUACUACUACCAAGGUAGCUUUAAUGUGCUGGAUAUCCCAUAUAAUAGAGAUUAUGAAAGGGAAACAUCACCAGAAAAUAACUAUCUUAGCAAAAUUCUUGAGACUAGGAUGGAUGAUGCAUUUCAAAGUUCUAGCAUUUACAGACAAUAUAUCAAUUCUCAAGUCAUCACACUGGUUCCUGACAGCAACAGUGUGACCGCACACAUAUGGCUGGUGUUCAAGGGCCCCUGGUCAAUGAAAGAGAACACAAGAAGAAGGGUCGAAAACACCCUCCGUCAGAUGCUGAGGGGCCAUGCAGGGUCCUUGACUACAGAUCCCAAUUCUCUGAGGCUCCAGGAAAUCAGUAAGGCUGAUGCUGAAAAGAUUAUCAACAGCCGCUGCGGGAGACGGGCUAGGAUGUCGGCGACACACGACAGGAUCAGGGGCGGCUCCACCGCGCAGGAGGGUGAAUGGCCAUGGCAGGCCAGCCUCAAAAAGAACGGCCGGCACUACUGCGGGGCGUCCCUAGUUGGGGAGCGGCACCUGCUGACCGCAGCCCACUGCUUCCAGAGGACAAAAAAUCCAAAAAACUACACUGUCAGCUUUGGCACCAAAGUAACCCCUCCCUACAUGGAACAUUACGUUGAGCAAAUUAUCAUUCACGAAGGCUACAUUGAGGGCCAGCAUCACGAUGACAUCGCAGUCCUGCUGCUCACUGAAAAAGUUUCAUUUAAGAAUGAUGUACACCGAGUUUGUCUUCCCGAAGCCACAGAGAUCUUUUCACCUGGUGAAGGAGUCGUCAUCACAGGAUGGGGAGCACUUUCAUAUGAUGGUGAAUACCCAGUAUUACUUCAGAAAGCACCUAUAAAGAUCAUCGACACCAAUACUUGUAAUGCUAAGGAAGCGUAUUAUGGGAUGGUGCAGGACACAAUGCUGUGCGCUGGGUACAUGGAAGGAAAUAUCGACGCCUGCCAGGGUGAUUCUGGAGGACCACUGGUUCAUCCAAAUUCUCGAAAUAUUUGGUAUCUUGUUGGAGUAGUGAGCUGGGGAGAUGAGUGUGGUAAGAUCAACAAGCCGGGGGUCUAUGCACGGGUGACUGCCUACCGAGACUGGAUCGCCUCCAAGACGGGCAUCUGA